GUCUAUAAAAACCAGCAACGGUGCUCGGCGCCGGUCAUCUUGUUGGGGGAAUCGAUCGAUGCUGCCAGGUUAGGGUGUCGUGUCCGUGACUGGAUUCCCACUUUUUUUUUUUUAUUCCUGCAUCGGUCGUCGUCGUCGGGGCUCCCUUUCCACACUCUUCGAGAGCUCGAUCCCCUUCCUCCUCCUCUUCUCCGCUGUGUUACGAAACGUAGCUCAGGACCUCAAUCCACUUUGUCGCCGGCCGCCGUGAGCCUCUGCAAAUUCAGUCAAAAUGGAAGGACCUGGUAGAGGAGGUGGCAGUGCUGAUGUGGUAUUGCAAAAUUAUAAACUAGGAAAGACUCUUGGCAUUGGAUCAUUUGGCAAAGUUAAGAUUGCAGAGCAUUUGUUGACAGGGCACAAGGUGGCUAUCAAGAUUCUUAACCGACGUAAAAUAAAGAACAUGGAAAUGGAAGAAAAAGUGAGACGAGAGAUCAAAAUAUUAAGACUCUUUAUGCAUCCUCAUAUCAUCCGUCUUUAUGAGGUGAUUGAGACUCUGUCAGAUAUUUAUGUUGUUAUGGAGUAUGUUAAGUCGGGAGAGCUAUUUGAUUAUAUUGUUGAAAAGGGAAGGCUACAAGAGGAUGAAGCCCGUCAUUUCUUCCAACAGAUCAUAUCUGGCGUUGAAUAUUGCCAUAGAAACAUGGUUGUUCAUCGGGACUUGAAACCAGAGAACUUGUUGUUGGAUUCAAAGUGUAAUGUUAAAAUUGCUGACUUUGGCUUAAGUAACGUCAUGCGUGAUGGUCAUUUUCUGAAGACUAGCUGCGGAAGCCCAAAUUAUGCUGCUCCUGAGGUAAUUUCUGGAAAACUUUAUGCAGGACCUGAGGUAGAUGUGUGGAGUUGCGGUGUCAUUCUCUAUGCCCUUCUUUGUGGGACCCUUCCCUUUGAUGAUGAGAACAUCCCAAAUUUAUUUAAGAAAAUAAAAGGCGGGAUAUAUACCCUUCCAAGCCAUUUGCCUGCUCAUGCACGAGAUUUGAUUCCAAGAAUGCUGAUUGUUGAUCCUAUGAAGAGAAUAACUAUUCGAGAGAUCCGUGAACAUGCAUGGUUCAAAACACGUCUUCCUCGAUAUCUUGCUGUCCCUCCACCAGACACUUCGCAGCAAGCUAAAAAGAUCGAUGAAGACAUCCUUCAGGAGGUGACUAAAAUGGGUUUUGACAAGAACCAGUUGGUUGAAUCUCUUCAUAACAGGAUUCAGAAUGAGGCUACUGUUUCAUACUACUUACUUCUGGAUAAUCGGUUCCGAUCUACUAGUGGCUACCUUGGCGGUGAUUUUCAAGAAACUAUGGAUUAUAAUUUGUUGCAUAGGAGUUCAAGUAACAUUCCAGCACCACAUCGCCAACCAGGCUAUAUGGAGCAACAAGUAAUCAGUUCAAGAGAAACUUUCUCUGGCGAAAGAAAAUGGGCUCUCGGCCUUCAGUCCCGAGCUCAUCCUCGUGAAAUCAUGAUUGAGGUCCUCAAAGCUCUACAAGACCUAAACGUUUGCUGGAAAAAGAUUGGACACUACAACAUGAAAUGUCGUUAUUGUCGUGGCUUGCCCAAUACCGAAAGCAUGCUUAACAGCUCUCCUCGAUCCAACGAUAGCUUCAUCGACGAGUCAGCCAUUGUUGAAACUGACCAAGCUGGAAGAGGAUCUGCUGUAGUGAAGUUUGAAAUUCAGCUUUACAAGACAAGGGAAGAGAAAUAUCUCCUCGACUUGCAGAGGGUCAGUGGUCCACAGCUUCUGUUUCUGGACUUGUGUGCUGACCUUCUUGCCCAGCUCAGAGUCCUGUGACCAUACCGACGCUUAGUUCUCUUACUCGUGUUAUCAUGAAUAUACGCUUACUCUGCAGUGACUCGAAACAGCGAUCUUCCCUCAAAUUGUUGCCUGUUUUUUCAAUGGCAUUUACUUGUUUCUGACAAAAGACUCCCAAAAAAGGUUGAAUAGUUUGUAUAUUCCAUUAUCUAUUCCGUGUUUUUAUAUAAAAAACAUGUCUCCUCAAGUUUUUAGUAAUCGACAAUUAUUUUAGUGAGUAUAAUGAUUUGUGGUCAAUGAUGGACAUUAAAAUUA